UAUGUACUGUAAAUUGUAGUGUGUACUGAGUAGACACUAGACGGUAUUGUGUUAUUAGACUAUUAUUUUGUAUAUGCUCAAUAUUAUUUACAAACAAUCGCCUGUAAUAUCAAAAUUACAUUUAUGUUUAAUAUAAAAUAAUAUAAUAACAAUGGAGGUAACUAGAAAAAAUUUCAAAGAAACAUUACCUCUAAUAAGCGAAUCUAUAAAUAAAGCGGAUUUUUUGGUGAUAGAUACGGAAUUUACAGGCUUAAUUAACGGUCGAGAUGUUUCUAUGUUUGAUUCUCCUCAAGAGUACUACACUACACUGUUGAAUGGGUCAACCGAUUUUUUAUUAAUACAGUAUGGUCUUUGCGCUUUCUUCUGGGAUGAAGAAGAAAAACACUACAAGAAUGAUGCAUAUAACUUCUAUUUGUUUCCACGAGGGCGUCCUGGUCCCGAAAAAAUGUUUUUAUGUCAAAGUUCUAGCUUAGAUUUUUUGGCGGCACAAGGAUUUGAUUUUAACAAACUUAUCAAAGAAGGUAUUUCAUAUAUGACAGAACCUAUAGAAUCAAGGUUGCGAGAGAACUUGGCUGAGAGACAAAGUAGGAGUAAUUCUGAGCAGGAAUCUAUCACUAUUCCUGUUGAGCAAAGAAGUCAGAUUGAAGACAUUUGUAAAAAAGUGCGGGAGUUUUUGGAUAACAGCAAAUCAGAUGAAAUGGAGAUUGAUAGAUGCAAUGCAUUCAUCAGGCGAUUGCUGUUCCAAGAGCUAGGGGCACGUUUUAAAAACGAAGCAUUUGUUGAGACCAAGGUUCUGGAAAAUAAAGAUAGGGUGUUAAAAGUAAGCCGGUUAACACCCGAAAAUAAGGGUGAGAAUCGCAACUUACAGAAGAAGGAGAAAGAGUGGGAGGAGUUUGAAGAAGCGGUUGGUUUUUCGAAGGUUGCCAGAAUGAUCAGUCAGUCGGAAAAGUUGGUGAUAGGUCACAACAUGUUACUGGACGUCCUGCACACACUGAACCAUUUCUUCCAACCGCUGCCUUCUGAUUACUCUUCCUUUAAAGAGUUUACACAUUGUAUGUUCCCGAGGAUUCUAGACACAAAAUACAUGUGUAGUCUACCUCCCUUCAAAGACAAGGUGAAUUCUAGUGUUCUACAGCAUUUACUGUCAACACUAUCAGAACCACCAUUCUCACUGCCAAAAGUCGAGUGCGCGGCGGGGCGCGGCUACACGUGCGCGCAGAACAAGGCGCACGAGGCGGGCUUCGACGCGUACGUGACGGGGCUGUGCUUCCUGGCGAUGCAGGCGCACCUGGCGCGCAUGCGCGGCGAGCGCGGCGCGCGCGUGGCGCAGGCCGACGCGCCGCCGCUGCGCCCCUUCCUCAACAAGCUGUUCCUGGCCAAGACCGCGCACCAGGACUCGCCCUACAUCAACCUCACGGGCCCCGACCCGACGCCGUCCAGAGACCACGUCUUUCAUUUAACGUUCCCAAAGGAGUGGCAGAGGAGUGACAUUAAUCAACUUUUCAGCGCCUUUGGCCAAAUCACAGUCCAAUUCUUGGACGAUACAUCAGCCCUAGUUGCGUUAUCAAGAAGAGAUCUUGCGAAGACAGUCACCUGGGUGUUCGCCAACAACAACCGGAUAUCCAUCAUGCCGUACGUCAAGUACAAGCUGCUCAAUAAUAAGCACCAGAGCGAGCGUCGCGAGGAGACAUCGGAGAAGUUUAUGAGACUGUAUUCAUCCGACAACGCGUUGGCCCGGCGAGAUACUGUCAGUGAUUCUAACGCGACCGGGUCGCCGGAGAAGAGUCGAGGGCGGUCGAAUAGUGUAUCGUUAGCAGACGCGCAGCCGGCUCGCAAGAGGUGCGCUUCCGGCGUGUUUCAGAUUGAUGAAAUGGAACCGCCGCCAAAGAAAGCUGAGCUCGUCGUCUCGAACGGAAAAAGGAAACACAGUGACUGUGCGAAAGAAACAACAAUAUCCAAGAGGAAAGAGACGAAUAAAGUUAUAGACAGAUAUGACAGUGACAGUAAAAGUAAAGUGGAAUGCGUAAAAGCGUUCAAGGAAAUUGACAGUUGGGAUUAAUAAAUUUAAUUGAUGUUGAUGUGA